UUCUUUUUUUCUUUUUUGGGUUUAGAAAGGAGUGAAGAGUUGGAGAGAGAAAGUAGCAGAAAACCACAAAACUUCCCUCUGUAAUUAUAAAUGGCAGAAACAACAGUCAACAGAGCUUCUGCAAUUCCAACAAAUAGCUGUAUAUCAACCUACAGUUUCUACAAUGGAGGAAUCCAUGAUCAUUGCGGCGCAGAUGCUUCUGUCUAUACUUUUGGGAGCUCUGUUUAUAGUUAUUGCAUAUGUCUUCGACGCUUCAAUCUCGAGACCACGACGAUUGAGAUCGGGAAUUGUGAAGCAAGGGAUCAGAGGUCCUGUUCCUUCAAUUUUGUACGGCAACAUACCUGAAAUAAAACGAAUCGCCGAAUCUCUGAAGCCGAUGGAGAAAAGAUCCCCAGAUAAAAUGGUGCAUGAUUGGUUCCCCGCCGUUUUCCCCCAUCUCGAGCAGUGGAGAAACGAAUACGGAGCGACAUUUUUGUAUUCUACCGGCGCCAUACAGCUGCUUUGCGUUACUGAUGCAGAGAUGGUGAAGGAGAUGAUCCUCUGCACCUCUUUGAACCUUGGCAAGCCUUCAUAUUUGUCGACAGAACGCGGUCCUCUGCUCGGUAGAGGCAUCCUCUCGUCGAAUGGCCCUUAUUGGGCGUAUCAGAGGAAGAUCAUUGCACCUGAGUUUUACUUAGAGAGAGUUAAGGGUAUGGUGAGCUUGAUGGUUGAAUCCACAGCAGCAAUGUUGAAAAGUUGGGAGACGAAGGCGGAGGAUUCGGGUGGGAAGGUGGAGAUCACAGUAGAUGAGGAUUUUAGAAGCUUGUCAGCUGAUAUAAUAUCAAGAGCUUGCUUUGGCAGAAACUAUGUACAAGGGGGAAAGAUAUGCAGCAUGCUUCAAUCACUUCAACGAGUGAUGUCAAGGGGGAAUAUCGGAGUUCCGGGAAUGAGGCACCUCCCGACUAAGCACAACAGAGAGUUAUGGAGAUUGGAGCGUGGUAUUGGCUCGAUGAUACUAGAUGCUGUCAAGAGGCGCAGCAGUGAUGAUGAUGGUGAUAAGAAAGACCUUCUGCAGUUGCUACUUGCUGCAGCUGAGAAUGAUGGAGAUGACAGCAGCAAGAUACCUGCCGAUAUGACUACCAACAAGUUUAUUGUUGAUAACUGCAAGAACAUUUAUCUUGCUGGCCAUGAGACUACAGCAAUCUCGGCAUCAUGGUGCUUGAUGAUGCUGGCCGCCCAUCCAGAUUGGCAAGCUCGUGCUCGUGGAGAGGUGCUUGCAAUCUGUGGCACAAACACACCCACAGCAGACGUGCUUCACAACAUGAAAGUGCUGAAUAUGGUGAUUCAAGAGACGCUACGCCUGUACCCACCGGUGGCCUAUGUGGUGAGAGAAGCCUUGCAAGACAUCCAUUUCAAGGGGCUCAACAUAGGGAGGGGCGCGAACAUCCAGGUCCCUAUACCUAGGAUGCACCAGGACCGGGAGCUGUGGGGCCCGGACGCCCAUGAGUUCAAGCCGGAGAGAUUUGGCAAUGGAGUUUCGGGGGCCUGCAAGAUCCCACAGGCUUAUAUGCCCUUCGGGUUCGGAAGCCGAUCGUGUGCAGGACAACACUUCGCCAUGGCUGAGUUGAAGGUCAUUCUCUCCCUUAUCCUCUCCAAGUUUCGGUGGUCUCUCUCGCCGGCGUAUCACCAUUCGCCGGUGUUUAGAUUAGCCAUACAGCCCCAGCAUGGAGUCUCUAUUCUUCUUGAGAAACUGUGAUGCCUCUUUUCCCAUCAGUUUUGAACGUUGGUUUCAACUUUUAACUUUGAACUUUCACAUUUCACUAUUGAAUGUACAAAAGUUAGGCUUCAAUUUUUAACCCAA